CUGUCUCAACUCCUUUGGCUCAGUUUUCUCAUAGGUGCAAUGGGAAUAGACAGGAUGUGGUGAGGACCAAAAAACACUGUCUGUGGAAAACACUUCAUGGGAGUGCCCAGCCACUGCCCUUGUCAAAAGCUAAGGGCCAUUCUAUUGGGAGUUUCCACACUAUGUGGCUUGCGGAAGCCCAUGUUCCACGCAUCCUCACAGCCUCUCUGAUAUUCCAGGGUGAUGUUGGACUCCGUAACCCAUAGCACCUUUCUGCCCAACACAUCCUUCUGUGACCCCCUGAUGUCUUGGACUGAUUUGUUCAGCAAUGAAGAAUAUUACCCUGCCUUUGAACAUCAGACAGCCUGUGACUCCUACUGGACAUCAGUGCACCCUGAAUACUGGACCAAGCGCCAUGUAUGGGAAUGGCUCCAGUUCUGCUGCGAUCAGUACAAACUUGACGCCAACUGCAUCUCCUUCUGUCACUUCAAUGUCAGCGGCCUGCAGCUGUGCAGCAUGACGCAGGAGGAGUUCAUUGAGGCAGCCGGCAUCUGUGGGGAGUACCUGUACUUCAUCCUCCAGAACAUUCGAUCCCAAGGUUAUUCCUUUUUCAACGAUGCUGAAGAGACCAAGACCGCCAUCAAAGACUAUGCUGAUUCCAGUUGCUUGAAGACAAGUGGCAUGAAGAGUCAAGACUGUCACAGUCGAACAAGCCUCCAAAGCUCUCACCUGUGGGAAUUUGUCAGAGAUUUGCUUCUGUCUCCUGAAGAAAACUGUGGCAUCCUGGAAUGGGAAGACAGGGAGCAGGGCAUUUUCCGAGUGGUUAAGUCAGAAGCCCUGGCCAAGAUGUGGGGACAAAGGAAGAAGAAUGACAGGAUGACAUAUGAGAAGCUGAGCAGAGCCCUGAGAUACUACUAUAAAACAGGGAUUUUGGAGCGGGUUGACCGGAGGUUAGUGUACAAAUUUGGAAAGAAUGCGCACGGGUGGCAAGAAGACAAACUAUGAUCUACGCCGACACCAAGCUCCUUUGAUGGAUUUCUGUUGUUUGAAACAAUCAGAUCAAAAUAGACAUAUGAAAGUCUUCUCCUCCCUCCUCCUCCUCCUCCUCCUCCCCCUCCUCCUCUUCAAAACCUGCAAACACGAUGAUAAAAUUUCUUCACAUCUCAGCUUACAUUUGGAUUCAGUUUUUGUCUAUUGGGGUGAUGGCAGAGACCCUCAAGCAGUCGUCUUCAUCUCAAGGGGGAGGCAGGGAUGGUCUUGGGUGGCAACUUGGUGAGACAUUAUUUCCCCAAUGAAGUGUUUAGAGCCAAGGUAGUCAGUGUUGUGGGUGCUGCUUUAAAAAAGGGCCGCAUUGCACCAUUAAGGACACAUGAUCCUCCCAUUCCAGAGGUUCUGAGUGGCCAACUGAGGCAGCUCACCUGUGAUUAAUUUUUAGGAGAGCUUGAGACGUAAGAUGUGCUUAUUUUGGAUUUGAAAUUAUUAGUCAUAUUCCAUAGAAGAAUUUCUUAAUAAAACAGCUAAGCCACUAAGCUGGGACCUAAUUGGAUGUAGCCUAAGUUAAUAAUGAGUUUCUUAACCAGAUCAUCGUUUUGACCACUUAGCCACAGUCAUGUGACCCGCAGCCAAUCCGUCUGAACUUACAUACUUGUAACUAGUCACAUUGGGAGUUGUGACUGAGAUCACUUCCCCCUUUCUCCUCACUGGUGCCUAGCGUCCUUUCUACAGAGACCCAGUCAACAGACAUGUGCAUUGAUUUCUAAAUCACUGCUGUUUCUGUGAUUCAAACUGUCAACAUGAUGGAAUCAGAAUUCAUUGAUUCCCCCUGGGGCUAAGACGUUAAACCCUUACAGAGCAGAAAAUGUCCUAACAGCCCAUGACAGGCGAACACAUCGUCAGUCUCUUUUCUUUUCUUGCCUGAUGAGUAUGCAAACUCUACAACAGAUUCUCUUGACAAAAAUAAGAACAGUGAACUUACAUCGACAAACGUGCAUGGUUAAAGUCUGCACUGACAUCCCCUCAUCUGCCAUUGGCAUGCAAGGUGUUAAUGACCUGCAACAAGGUUGACUGCCCCUGAACCUGAGCUCCUCCAGAGCCGGGCUGGCGAGUGAUGAGGCACUGAAUAGCAAUGCAGGCUGAAGACCUCUAUGUUUAGAGUUUAACCUCAAAAGCAACUUGUUUAAAAAAAAAAUGUGAAUUACUGUAAAAUAAUCUAUUUUUGGAUUCAUGUGUUUUCCAGGUGGAUAUAGUUUAUAAACAAUGUGAAUAAAAUAUUUAACAUGUUCAAAUGUCUGUGUAUUAUUCAAUAAGGCAACCUGAGAACCUUCGAAGGCCCAUUUUCUAGAAGCUGGGAAUGGAGACGUUUUUUAAAGGGCCUUCUAAAAUCUAAGAAAUAUUUGGAGAAUUCCUGCUCACUACCUUCAGAUACCAUAAAAGUUUCUACUACCGAAUGGAGAUCAUAGAACAGUAUGACCAACAAAGACAUUUUUUUUCUCAGCUUUAUGUUAUUUAAUGUGUACGAGUGUCUUGCCUACAUGUAUGUAUGUGUACCCAGUGCCCAUAGAGGUCAGAAGGCACUGGAUCUCUGAAACAAGAGUUAUGGAUGGUUAUGUGUAGCAUGAAUUGUUAGAAAGUCUUAUUAAUAAAAUCAAACCUGGAGCCAGGUAUUAGGGUGAAUGCUGGAAUAUCAGAGAAGCAGAACAAGCCACAGCCGCCUCACCUUGCCAAUUCCUCAGCUGAUCCUGUUUCCUCAGACUGGAAGCCUCUGGGUCCUCAUCAAAAUAGAUCUCAGGUGAACUGUUGCUCAACAGCCUAAAAGCUUAACCAGGCUCUAGUUCCUGGUCCUCACAACUUAUAUUCCUUUCUGCUUUCUGCCAUCCCUUCCUGGGAUUAAAGGCUCACUUCCUGGGAUUAAAGGUGUGAGUCACCAUGCCUGGCUGUUUCCAGUGUGGCUUUAAACUCACAGAGAUCUGGAUGGAUCUCUGCCUCCCAAGUGAUAGGAUUAAAGGUGUGCCACCAUUUUCUGGCCUCUAUAUUUAGUGGCUGUUCUGUUCUCUGACCCCAGAUGAGUUUAUUAGGGUGCACAAUAUUUUGGGGAACACAAUAUCUCCACAGUUAUGGAUGGAUCUUAAUUGCUGAGCCAUCUCUCCAGCCCCCAACAAAUACAUUUGUGUUUGAAGUUCAUGGUGCUUGUUUUGUACUUUGCUUCUUUUGAGGUUGUGUUUUAUUUCUUGCUGGGAACUGUCUUAAAAACAAUAGACUUAAAAAUAAUAACCAAAAAAGACUUUAAAAAAAAAUCUGAACUCUAGUUUCUCAGUCCUUUUUGGCACUAAUUUCCUGAAACUGAACUGAAGCUGAGAAGCACCUUGGGACAAACACUUGGUCACCUCCUCUUGCUUCUUGAGCACAAGGUGGUCAGCUACUAUUGGUGUUUUUCUCGGUUUUGGCUUUUGGUUUUUCCAACAUUUUAAAUUUGGGG